AUGCUUCGCCAAAAAGCAAGGAACAAAUGGCUUUUGGAGGGAGCUAGUAACUCUAGUUUUCUGCAUAAUACCAUUCACAUUCGUAGAGGUAGUAACACUAUUUCCGAGCUUGUGGAUGAUGCUGGUAAUACUAUCACAGAUGGGGAUCAAUUGUGCCAACAUGUUGUUUCUUAUUAUGAGAACAAGUUUAAUGGUGUGGAAAUGCCGGUUGAAGAUCAGAUUUUUGAUUACAAUCAUUUGUCUAUUACUUUGGAGGGACAACAGCGUAUGGACAAUUUGCCUACGGUGGAGGAGAUUCAAAAGGUUGUUUUUGAUUUAGGGGCUCACAGUGCUCCGGGUCCUGAUAGUUUAUCGGGUUGUUUCUAUAGGCAUUGUUGGCAGAUUAUCCAACAUGAUUUAUUUGAAGUAAUUCUUUUUUCCUGGCAACAUAAAUUUACUCCUAGUGGGGCUAAUUCAAGUCUUAUUAUUCUCCUGGCAAAGGUUAGAGGAGAUAAUUCUCUUCGGAAUUUUAGACCUAUUGGCCUUAGUAAUUUCUUUUUCAAGAUCUUUACUAAAAUUUUAACUACCAGACUGGGAAGUGUUUUGGAAAAACUUGUCUCUGAGGAACAAGUGGCUUUCAUGAAAGAGAGAAUAUUCACGAAAAUAUUAGCUUGGCCUCUAAGAUGGUAUGGUUUCUCUGAGGAUUGGUCUACAUGGAUCCAUUCUAUCUUACAAUCUGCUCGUAUUUAUGUUCUUUUAGAUUUCUGUCCGGAAGGGUUCUUCAAAAUUAAUAGAGGUUUACGUCAAGGUGAUAACCUUUCUUCCUUGAUUUUUGUUUUGAUUGAAGAUGUCCUUAGCAGGAACAUUUCUAAGCUUUUUAAGGAGAAGAAAAUGUCACCAAUGGUUACGAGAAAUGAGCAGUAUCAUCAUGUUUCUGGGCAAACCGUUUGCAGGCAAAAAAGUAAAAUUUAUUAUGAUGGGGGGUCUUUGAGUAGACGGAGAACUACUGUUGAUUUUCUUGGUAUGAGUCUUGCUUCUUUUCUUGAUCGUUAUUUGGGAGUGCAAAUCAUGCCAGGGGCGGAUAGAGUGGUGCUUGUUAAAACUGUCAUUGCUAGUUAUUCCAUCCUUAAUAUGGCGGUUUAUAAAUGGCCUCUAAAUUUCAUUCAACAAUGCGAAAGGGUGAUUCAGAAUUUUAUUUGGUCUGGGGAUUCCGGAAUAUCCAGGGCAUUUGUUGUUGGUUUUGAUAAUGUCCAUUCUCCUCUUUCUGAAGGAGGACUUGGUCUUACCAGAUUGAGUGUCAUGAAUAAGGCUUUGGUUGCUAAACUCUGGUGCAAUAUCAAAAGAUCACAUAAGAAAUGGGUUCGGUUCUUAGAAGCUAAAUACACUUGUAGGGACGGUAGAGUGAAGGAUUAUAGGAUAAAAUCUACUAUUCUGCCUGGUGUUCAUUGGGUUGAUAGAAUGGUUUCUCAAAAUACUAAAUCUUUGAUUAGUGAUGGGAGAUCCACGUCUCUUUAUUUUGAUAUCUGGUCUGCGGAGGAGUCAUUAGACCAUAUCCUUUGGUCGUGUACUUUUGCUCAGAGUGCCAGGACGUGGAUACCUGAAAUUUUUGGUUUACGGCCUCACCAAGAUUUCAUAAUUGCUUACAAGUCUGCCGAAGGAAAAAGUCUAAUUGUUAAAGACCUGUGGUUGAUUGCUGUGCUUGUUACUCGACAAGUCAAUCAUACAGUUCCGGUGGAAGUUUUCUGGGUGCCUCCGAAAAGGGGAGAGAUUAUGCUAUGUUGUGACGGAGCAGCUCGUGGUAAUGGAAACGGUAUAGCUGGAGCAGGUGUUGUAGUCCGUGAUGAAGAGUGUAACGUUCUUGGAGCAAUGAGCAUUGGCCUGGGCAUUACAAAUAGUUUUCUUGCGGAAUUAUAUGGAAUUAUUGUUGGAUUGGAUUGGGCUGUCAAGUGGGGAAUUAGACGUGUGCUGAUUUGA